AUGGAUUUCGUCAAGAAGGCUGUUGCAAGCGCUAGCGGCAAGAAGGAGGAUAAGCCUACCGACAACAACGCCCAGCAGAACGACGACUACCUUGACAAGGCCUUCGCCGCUGGCGUCCAGAAGUCUGGCUACAACAUCGACCGCAACAUGCAGGAGAAGAUCACCGACGGUGCCCGCGAGGCCUACGAGAAGGCCACUGGCAAGCCAGUCAGUGACAAGAUCUCCAACUGA